AUGACAGCCUUAUUAAAGAAGGACGACACGCCCGCUCAACGCCUCGAACGACUGCUCAGCAUCAUCACCUCUGUGAUCGCCUCGUACGCUGCUACACCCAUACCAUCGCCUCUCCACCUUACAGAACUCACGCAUUUCUAUCAGCGCGCUGCGUCUCUGUCUCCCAAGAUCUCCCAUGGAGACCCAGCACCCCCAAGUCCCCCAGGCAUGCCAAGGUCGAAAUCUGUCGUUUCCUUAUCCUUCCUGACCAACCCCUUCAACGGCUCGCCGCCGAUGCCUAGAAUCCGAAACGACAGCCUCCCUCCAAGUAAGCGGCGGUCGAGUGGCAAAGAGAGCGACGUCCAAAGGCAAGGCGAAAGUGAGGAGGAAGGUCCAACAGAGAGACAGGUGGAGCAGCUGGAAAAGGAAUGGUGGACGAGCGAGAUUGUGGCAGCUUGGUAUGGCCCGAGACAAGGAUACGGGCUCAAGAGUCAAAGCCAAAAAUCCAAUGGAGGGCGAUCAGUCAAUUUCAGGACGUUGGGAAGGUUUAGACGUGAUGUGGGAUAUGUGGGUCUCGACGACGAGUAG